AUGGUCUCCCGGAGCACAAGUGGCCGGAAGGUGGGAGGGAACAGUCUUCUCCGUAAGGUGAGGGGCUGGGAUGUGGGCCUGCGACGGGCCACAGGCCAGACCGCAGGUGAAGGCUUUGAACGCCAUGCUAAGAAGUGCGGCCUGCAGAAAGGAAAACCUGACUUGGUGGCAGAAGACCAACCUCCGGGGGCGACCUGGAAACCACUGAUGUUUCGUGUGGAUGAGAGCACACCGGACGUGGUGCAGAGUGUCCUCCUGGAGCGUGGAUGGGACAAAUUUGACAACCGAGAGCAAGAUGUUGAAGACUGGAACUUGUACUGGAGGACCUCCUCUUUCCGGAUGACUGAGCAUGUCAACGUGAAGCCAUGGCAACGACUAAACCACCACCCGGGCACCACCAAGCUCACGAGGAAGGACUACCUGGCCAAACUUCUGAAGCACAUGAAGAGGACCUACGGCUCCCCCCUCUACGCGUUCAUCCCCUCGACCUUCGUCAUGCCCAACGACUACUGCAAGUUUGUGGCCGAGUACUUUAAGGAGAAGCAGGCGCUGGGCGCCAAGCCCGGCUUUUGGAUUUGCAAGCCGGCAAAAUUAUCUCGUGGAAGGGGGAUAGUCAUUUUCAGUGACAUUAAAGACCUUACGUUUGAUGACACAUAUAUAGUGCAGAAAUAUAUCUGCAACCCUUUGCUCGUGGGUCGAUAUAAAUGUGACCUCCGCAUCUACGUCUGUGUCACCAGCUUCAAGCCCCUGACCGUCUAUAUUUACCAGGAAGGGUUAGUGUGUUUUGCCACGGAGAAGUUUGACCUCAGCAAUCUGCGGAACAGCUACGCGCAUCUGACCAACAGCAGCAUCAAUAAGUCUGGGGCCUCGUACGGGAAGAUCAAAGAAGUGGUCGGCUGUGGUUGCAAGUGGACACUCAGCAGGUUCUUCUCCUACCUGCGCAGCUGGGACAUGGACGACCUGUGUCUGUGGCAGCAAAUCCAGCACGUGGUCAUUCUCACCGUGCUCGCCAUCGCACCAUCCGUCCCCUUCGCCGCCAAUUGCUUUGAGCUCUUUGGAUUUGACAUUUUGAUUGACGACACCUUGAAACCGUGGCUUUUAGAGGUCAACUACAGCCCGGCCCUGUCCCUAGAUUGUUCCACGGAUGUGUCAGUGAAGAGAAAACUCAUCCACGAUACGAUUGAACUCAUUUACUUACAUGGUCUGAGAAACGAGAGGAAAGAACACGGUGACCAUGCCCACGGGAAUCCCAGCGUCCCCCUUGCUGAUUCUGAUAAAGGACUUGGUGACACCUGCAGCCGUCUCCCCUGUGGGUCUCUCUUGCAGUUCACAAGUAGAACACUUUAUAAGGAUAAACCUAUAAAGAAAGCUGUCAGAAUACACCCAGAAAACAAACCUGCCGCCCAGCCUAGAGAAAUGAUGAACAGGAAGGAUGUACUUCUGUCAACAAGAGAGCCCCCCAAAACCAAGCCAAAGUUCAAGGGCAGGCCCACGACUCCCACGACGUUCACCCCCUACAUGUCGCUCCUUCAGUCGCCUGCCCACAAGACCAGCGCCUCCCUGAGGGACAGGUCAGACAGCAGCCAGGUGCCACAUCCCCAAGCAGGCAACUUCUUUCUCAUUUUUCCUUUCAAUGAAGCUACUUUUGGGGCAUCUAGGAAUGGAUUAAAUGUCAAGAGAAUAAUCCAAGAGCUCCAGAAAUGAAUGAAUAAGCAACAUUUGCAAGUAGCGGAAAAGAAAACGCAGAGGUGA